AUGGCAACUCCUCUCCAGCAGGACAUGGGCCUUUACAGCAUCAACUACCUGCACUUCGGGGAGCCCAAGACGUGGUACGCGGUGCCCCCAGAACACGGCCAGCGCCUGGAGCGCCUGGCCAGGGAGCUUUUCCCGGGCAGUUCUCGGGGCUGCGAGGCCUUCCUGCGGCACAAGGUGGCCCUCAUCUCGCCCAGUGUCCUCAAGGAGAACGGGGUCCCGUUCAGUCGCAUCACUCAGGAGGCUGGAGAGUUCAUGGUGACGUUUCCCUACGGCUACCACGCUGGCUUCAACCACGGCUUCAACUGUGCGGAGGCCAUCAACUUUGCCACCCCGCGCUGGGGUUGCAGUCAAAGGGAGCCCUUAGCCGCGCUGCACCUGGGCUGGAGUUUGCCCACGAGUUCAGACCAGUGCCAACAUAAUUUGUGCGAAUAUUAG